UUUUACUGCCCAUUCUUAUCGCGAGUCCAUAGGCAUGCAUAGUCUUUGCGAAUUUCAAUCGUUUCUUUGCUAUUCAACUGUCAAUAAAUUACAAUGUACUGAGAAUCUUGACAAUAAUAAUAAUAUCCGGAAAAUCAGCGGACAGGCGGGGCUCUGUUAAGGUAAGACAGACACUAUUGUACGGUACGAAAAGCCAACUUUGUGACGGCCCCAACAUCUGUAUCCUCUCCCUUAACCUACACUAAAAGGACAAAGCUUGAAAACCAAUGUUACUGUCCCACCCUAAAUAACCCUCAAACCCUCUAACCAUAACAUCAACUAACCCACAACAGCCCUUUUCUUUCUUUCAUUCCUUUUUUUUUCUGAGUUCAAAAGGAGAAGCGGGUUUCGGCUUGUUUUGGGUUUUCUUUUUGGGCGAAAAUGGUGAACCCCAGAUGUUAUUUGGACAUAAGUAUAGGAGGAGAAGUAGAAGGGAGGUUGAUAGUGGAGUUAUACAAGGAUGUUGUCCCUAAAACUGCUGAAAAUUUCAGGGCUUUGUGUACUGGUGAGAAAGGCAUUGGACCUAAUACUUCUGUUCCCCUGCAUUACAAGGGUGUCCGAUUUCAUCGAAUUAUCAGGGGUUUUAUGAUACAAGGUGGGGAUAUAUCAGCUGGUGAUGGAACUGGGGGAGAAUCCAUUUAUGGCUUGAAAUUUGAAGAUGAAAACUUUGACUUAAAGCAUGAACGAAAAGGAAUGUUAUCAAUGUCUAAUAUGGGGCCUAACACCAAUGGAUCUCAAUUCUUUAUUACCACUAAUAGAACCUCUCAUCUCGAUGGAAAACAUGUGGUUUUUGGGAAGGUUAUAAAAGGAAUGGGUGUUGUUCGUUCCAUCGAACACGUUGCUGGUGAGGAUGGUACUAAUUACCCCACUCAAGAGGUUGUAAUUGCAGAUUGUGGAGAAAUUCCUGAGGGAGUGGAUGAUGGAAUAUCCAACUUUUUCAAGGAUGGUGAUAUUUAUCCUGAUUGGCCAGCUGAUGUCGACAACAAACCGGAUGAAAUAUCUUGGUGGAUGAAGGCAGUAGACUCUAUCAAAGCUUUUGGGAAUGAGCAAUUCAAGGUAUUCAAUAUGAUUAUAUGGUUAUCUGUGAAACAAGAUUAUAAGAUUGCUCUUAGAAAAUAUUGCAAGGCUUUGCGCUACUUGGAUGUUUGCUGGGAGCUGAAGGGCAUUGAUGCAGGGAAGAGCUCGACUUUGCGGAAGACCAGGUCACAGAUAUUUACAAAUUGUUCCGCCUGCAAGUUGAAACUCGGAGACUUAAAAGGAGCAUUGUUGGAUGCGGACUUUGCAAUUCGUGAUGGUGAAGAUAAUGUGAAAGCUUUUUUUCGACAAGGCCAGGCACAUAUGGCACUUAAUGACAUAGAUGCCGCAAUUGAGAGCUUUAAAAAGGCAUUGGACUUGGAGCCAAAUGAUGGUGGAAUAAAAAAAGAGCUUGCAGCUGCAAAGAAGAAGAUUGCUGAUCGAAGAGACCGAGAGAAACAAGCAUACUCUAGAAUGUUUCAGUAGAUUCUUAGCCAAAACCAUGUAAAUCCUUACUAGUUCUGCUGAUUACUGUUUGGUUGGGAGGAAAAUCAGGCUUCAGCAUCAGCAAAAAGUUGCAGGAUAUCUGUUUAGGACAUACUCAAACUUGGAUGAAUAUUAAUUGGGAAUGUUACUUUCUUUCAUUCCUAUUCUUUCAUUCCUAAUCAAGCGGAUUGGCAUUUUAUUCCUAGUAGAAACUGGAUUGUUCUUUACAUGUUUUGAGCUGGUUUGAACUUUCUUCUUACAGACACAGGACAACCUUAUAUUUGAUUGACGUAGACCAUACUGAACCACACAAUCGAGCAAAGCUUGAAACCGAUUUUACAUUUAUUUGACGCAUAAAGUUACUAGUAAGAAAAGGCCUCUAAAGGUCCCAAUUUGUGAAGCAAGCCUAAGCGUUCCUUAGCCGGAACUCUCAGUGAUAUUAAAGUCAACCAUUCCCAACAGCAUCAAGCAAUGGAGAAUUUCCAUUGUAAAUGAGGCAGUUGAUGGAGCCCUAUUUGGAGGGCGAUAUCUGCAUUAUAUUUCUCUUCAAACAUGGCUCCUAGUGACAGCACUAGCAUCCUCCUGCAAUACACAUCUCUUUUGAAACGCUGUUUGUGGCUAUCAGUGGCUGCAAGUCCAGAUUUUACGGUUGAAGAAUUUGUCUCAUGUGUCAUUGUAAUCACAAGGAAUAAAAAAAUUUCGGACUCAACUUCCCAGUCGAACCGGUAGGCAGUCUUUCGUUGUAGUUAAUCAGAUUUAGAGUUCUAAUCUAAUUACAUUUUCUGUUACUAA